UGUGGAUGUGUAUAAAACACAUCCCUCUCUCCAUCAGUCUCUCACUAUCUCAAUCUCUCCAUAUACACUCACUUUCUACUUUGCUUUCUCAUUCUUCGUACAUCUCGUUACCAUGUCUGGGAUCCAGCAGGCCAUGUCUCUCCUCAUCGCCUCCUUCCACAAGUACUCUGGGAAGGAGGGAGACAAGUUCACCCUCAGCAAGGUUGAGCUGAAAGAGCUGCUCCAGGCUGAACUAGGGGAGAUGCUGGGGAAAGCCAGUGACAAGACAGCAGUGGACAGAAUCUUCAAGGACCUGGACUCUAACAAAGACAACACUGUCGACUUCAAGGAGUAUGUCACUUUGGUGUCCUGCCUCACGGUGAUGUGCAAUGACUUCUUCAUAAAGAAGUAAGAGCACUUUCGCCACCUAGCGGCCGUCAUGCAAAACUGCAGGAGGAGACUUCCAUUUUCUCUCCACUAAACAGAGAUUUCACGGGAGGGAGAUACACUUGGAGGACAAUGACAUGAAAACACAGUGAAGCAGUGUAGAGCAGUAAUAUUACAGUAAUAGAUAAUAGUCAGGUUGAGUCUGUGAAUGUGUCCUUGUCAUGCAAAUCCAUUGAUAAACAAAUUAGAUCAAUAAACAAAUUAGAUGAGUAUGUUCAGCCUA